CCCCGCAAAAAACCGCUCCUAUCGAUCCGUCGAGGACACAGAGCCGCCGUCCUCGUGCGAUCUCGCUGCCGUCGCCCUCCGAUCCGUUCCUCCUCGUUUCCCGAGGAUACGCAGCUGGAUCCGCCGAUGCCGAUCCAGGCAGACGCGGCCGUCGUGGAUCACGAGGACACCGCCACCACCGGCGCCUCGGAUACGUCGCCCGUUGCGGAUUAGGAUCCCCAGGACGCCGACGCCACCGCGGAUCCACUGCCACGCACAGCUCGGGCCCGAGCCGCGAUGGGCUCAGCUGUGGCCGCUGCCGCGUGCGCCCUUCGUCUCCAGGCUCGGCGAGCCCCGCCGCCAGCCACCCCCAACCCACACGGAGUGGGCCGCCUCGAUGCACGCCUACUACGCGGCCGCCGCCUCCGCCGCCGGGAUCCCCUAUGCCGCGUGGCCGCUGCCGCCGCAGGCCCAGGACGCAGCAGCACGGCCUGGUGGCGGCCGGGCCGGGGGCCGCGUAUGGCGCGCCGGUGCCGUUCCCCAUGUACCACCACCCCGCGGCGGCGUACUACGCGCACGCGCACGCCUCCAUGGCCGCGGGGGUGCCUUACAUGGCCGGCGAGUCUGCCUCGGCGGCAGGGAAAGGGAAGAGGGUGGGGAAGACACGACGUGUCCCUUCCGGCGAGAUCAAUUCCAGCUCCGGGAGCGGCGAUGCCGGGAGCCAGGGGUCAUCGGAGAAGGGAGAUACGGGCGCCAAUCAGAAGGGCUCAUCAUCAUCUGCGAAGAGGAGGAAGUCCGGCGCUGCAAAUACAGAAGAUGGGUUAUCAGUUAUCACAAACCAUAAUUCCUGGAUACAAGGUGAGCCAUCUCAGGCUGCCACAGUGCAGAAUGCUGUAACCGAGCCGCCAUUGGAAGACAAGGAGAGGUCUACAUCCAAACUGUUAGUUUUGGCACCUGGGAGGGCGGCACUCACCAGUGCUGCACCGAACUUGAAUAUUGGGAUGGAUCCCUUGAGCGCUUCUCCAUCCUCCAUAGUACAGGGGGAGGUGAAUGCCGCAGCUUCUUCCCAGAGUAACGCUUCACUGUCUCAGAUGGUAUAGUUUUCCGUUAUGAAUUCUUUUCUUCAAAGGAAGGUCUCUGUUUCUUCCAGACCUCCAGCCUCUGCACUGUCAUGAUUUUUGAGAGCGUGGUAAAAUUGGCAAUUGUCAUGAAUGAAUAGUAGUUUUCCUCUCAUUUUGGAAAAUACAAAUAGUGCAUUUACUUGCAACUUGGUUUUACUUUAGCCCUCUUUUAUAAAAAUGUGGUGACAAAUAGCAUGUAAAUGUUUUUCAGAUUGCAUCUUAUAUGAUUAUAACAACCAUACUUUCCUGCACUUGUUUAUUUCCUGGUGAGCGUGUGGCACACUGGCACUAGAAGUAGAGAAAUGAUAGUUAUAAAAUUUAGGUUCAACGUUAUGGACGUUUGACUGUUAAGUUAGGUCCGCACAAUGAUCUCUCCGCAUGAGAGUGCUCCAGAUAGGUUAUGCUGGACAUAAUGUCUGAAACAAUCACCCAUUUUUGUUGUUUCAGAAAUUUAAGCGAUGGCUUCAUAGUGAAGUAUGCAAUCACUAAAAGUUUUGGCCAUCUGGGAUCAUCUCAGGCUUCCAGAAUUUUAAUUAGAAUAUACUUUCUACUGCUUCUUGAGCAAUGCUGCCUAAUAUACUUGAUUUGUUUUAACUGGACUUGAUUACAGUAGGGAUGUUUAGUCAAGUGUUCCUAUGAGCUAUUACCUGCAUGUUGCUAAAAUUAUCUUCUCGGGAUAAUAUAUUUGACAUUCUGAACUCAGCUGAACAGCGAAACAUAUCCAGUUUAGGCAAGUAAGACAACACUGUAUCGAUUUUCUAGGCCAGCAAAUGAAUUAACUUAAGAUUAUUUGAUGGUAUAAAUUCUGAACUCAGUUGUCUUAGCCCCUAUAAAGGUUAAAUUUUCUCUUUAAUGUUUAGGCUUCCAGGAUACUAUAGUAUAGUAACACUGAGCAAAUUAAGCUGGUCCACAGUUGAGGGAGAGGGGAGGGGGUGUGAGAGAGAGGGUGAGAAAGAGAGGGAGAGGGGAGGGGUGUGAGAGAGAGGGUGGGAAAGAGAGAAAGAGCGAGGGUGGGAGAGAGAAGUGGACAAUGGUUGCUUCAACACCGCUGUGGGUAUACUGCCAUGUGACGAGGGAGUAUUGUUCAUAGACCCUCCUAUACACUACAUGGAUCUAAGAUUUUGUUCCAUGAUACUAGAGUCAACACGAGGUCAAAAGUUUUGCGAGAAGGAAACUUUCCAGACGUUGGCAACAUAAUUUGAUAGCUGGCCUGGGAUAGACAAAGACAUCUCAUCGUGCAACAUGGUAAGUAUUUUGUCUAAUGUUAUCAUGGUUUAUUGUUAUUUCUAAUAGCUCCACUUGUAGAUUUAUCUUUCCUAGGCAUUCAUCGACAAAGAGGCAUGUCGUCUAUAUAUUAUGGACCCUAUUCAAACAUCACAAUCGUCAGAGGACAAAAAUUUGAGUCAUGCACUAAAAUUUAAAAGUUUUGCAAGAGAUUUCAAAGAAGCACUCGAAAUAAAGCUGCCUGGUUGGAAUUCCGAUAUAUCUAAAUGACAACGUUUAUUUCCAUUUGGUAUUCCAACGAGUAUAGAGGGGAAUGUGUCUGGCUAUUUUGUUUUUCAUUUUAUGCAUUGGUCAAGCCGGUUUGCGCGGAUGGGUAUGAGUUGAGGAAGCAGUUUUUAUUAUACUUGUUAAAACAUCGUGCGAGUGAAGCUAAAUGCAACUUUCCUAAUAUUGUGAAGAAUUUCUUAGGCGCAUCAUCUAGAUAUUAAUAGUUUUGUAAUAGAUGUGAAGGUCGAACAUCGCUCAAUUUGGUACAUGGACAUGUCGUUAAUCUUUUUCUUUUAUCAAUUUAUAUUGCAAAAAUGGACUUCAAUUAUUUAAUAAUUGUGUUUGUGUUA